AUGGUGGGUAUCCUCGAUAUUAUACCAUCCGUGGUGAAGUAUUCUGCUGUAAUCUUUAUCCCCUAUUAUCUCCUCAUACUUAUUUACCGUAUCUUUUUCCAUCCCUUAAGAAAGUACCCAGGACCCUUCCUUGCGAAGUUGUCCGGUCUUUAUACGGGGUUCUACGCACUGUUGAGACGCCUUCAUUUAACCACUUACUUAGAGCAAAAGAAAUAUGGAGGACCAGUAUUGCGACAUGGUCCCGACAAGCUCGUCUUCAACUCAGUUGAGGCGUUACAAGACAUCUAUAACAAUGAGAGAGUUACAAAGUCGCAUGUCUAUAAGCUCACCAUGAGGUCGGGCAAACCAAGUAUAUUCAGUACCAUCGAUAAGCAACAGCAUAGACUUAAGCGCAAGCUCAUCGGGCAAGCCGUCAAUGAUAAAGCGACGCGUGCUUUUGAGCCUACUAUGAUAGAGCAGGUCGACAUCUUUAUUAAACAACUCAUGGCUUCGUCUCAAGGCUCUAGCCCCGUUGAUAUGACCGAACGCUGCAAGUGGCUCGGCAUGGACAUUGUAGGCCUUCUUGCAUUCGGCUUUGCUCUUAACAUGCAGACGGACCCGACAUAUCGGUUCGUCACCCGCGGACUUAGCGUAGGAACGUACCAGAUGAACAGCAUCAUGCAGUGGCCACUGCUGAAGAACCUAGGGCUUCACCACUUACUUCUCCUCGUGGGUUAUGGUCAGCGGGUGAAGUACCUCGAUACGCUACAGACCAUGAUCAGCACUCGUUUAUUUCGGGGGAAGCAUGCUAAGAAUGACCUUUACUCGUUCGUUGCCGACCAUCUUGACAACGCUGCCGACGGAAUUACGACCAGCGAGCUCUGGUCCGAAGCCUUGUUCUUCUUCCCAGCAGCGGGCGACACAACAACCACAGCCCUAAGCGCACUAUUCUUCUACCUCUCGCGCUACCGGGAAGUCUACAAAAAACUAGCCGACGAGAUCCGGCGCUCCUUCUCCAGCAGCGCUGACAUCAAAAGCGGCCCUCAACUCUCCAGCUGCCGCUACCUGCGCGCCUGCAUCGACAAGGCCCUGCGCAUGUCACCACCCAUCACAGGAACACUGUGGCGGGAACUACCGCCCGAGGAACACGCCCGCGAACCUCGCAUGUAUGCUGCUUUCAGCCCAUUUUCAGUCGGCUCCCGGGCUUGUGCGGGGAAGAGCACGGCGUAUCUGGAGGCGAGAUUGGGGAAGGCGGGACAUGUGGGAGCGGGGGUUCCGGGUAGGACGGACGGUAGGGGGCGGCCGCAUGAGUUUCAGUUGUAUGAUACGUUUGGCUCGCAGCAUGUUGGGCCGAAGUUGAUAUUUCGGCGGCGGGGGGGAGUUUGGAGGGGAUGUUGA